GAAUAAGAUAGGUUAUAAACUGAGUUUUAUUAUUAUGUGCUUGGUCUAGGUAUAAGUACCUAGUACCUAGUUACACAACUCUUACACAACAGAAGCACAAACAUGGACUGGAUAUUGAAAAAAUUGAAACAGACAUUCCUUCACCUAAAUCUGCGCCUGUGAAGCAAUUUGUUUUGUAUAUAACUUAUAUGUCGCAGCAUAUGAAUACUUUAUUUGAUUUCUACGACUUUGAAACUGCUAAAGUUAAGUGGUUGAACUACCUUAGUUCCCAAAAAGCCAUUCAAGAAAGUGUUAAUAUUUUGAUAAAUGGGGGAAAAAAGUAUAAUAAAGACAAGAGAAAAAAAACAAGGAAGAACAGAAAAAGAAGAAAAAAAAAAUCGCAGACCUCGUACUAAUCCUAAAGAAAGAAUACUCAUCACUACGCCUAAAUCAAAAAGCAAAAAAAAUAAAGCAUGUUUUGAAGUGGGAAACAACAACAAGAUGCCUCUGGUUAUCUUUGGUGACGGACUGAAAAACAAAGAUCAUGUCAAAUUUAAAGGUCUGCGACGUGGAAUAUCUAACAAGAUAUAUAGUCAGUUAAAAAUAAGAGAAAGGAUUGGAGAACUAUUGCUUGUAGAUAUCAAUGAGUUUAAGACAUCGAAGGUUAGUAGGAAAAGAACACACAUAAUUUACGUAUUGUGCUUUCAGCUGAAAUCGAUUUUCCAUAGAUCUGCAACUGCUGUCUCAAAGUUAGCCAAGAUGACCAUACAAAAAAGAUUCAUCAAGUAUUGAAGUGCAUAACUUGCAGUAUUUAUUGGAAUCGAGAUGUGAUGGCUGUGGUAUUUGACAAAAUAUUACAUAGAAAAGUAAUGAGAUAAAAGUAUAUUUUUAUUAGGGGUAAAAAUAGA